AUAUUACAGCUUAUUAAAUUGAACAGGCACAAAAGCAACAUUAGAGUGUGGUGGACUUCGAGACCAUUUUAAAAAAAGAAAAUUAUUUCUAUAUUAUUUUUAAAACAUACCAAAAUAACAUACCGGAAGAAUACGAAAAUAUACUGCAAGUUAUAUAUGAUUAAUCUUUCAAAUUUAAUAUUCUGUUAAAGGUUACCAAAAGUGCAAGCAGCAGAUUUAAUUACAUAUUAGAAGUGCAUCUGGAAACUGCAAUUUUUCUUUUAUUCGUUUCAAAAUAAGGAGCAUUCAGCUACUGUUUAAUUGUGAAACGAAUCGGAAUAAAAAAUUAAAAUGAAUAUUUCUAUUGCACGCGUAUAUUAGCAAUAUUGUUAAUCAUAAAUCAAGUGAAUAGCUCGUACUCUAUUUACUCAAAAGAAUUGGAUGAUCAAUGCAGUACCUAUUGCUAUCAAGUCGUGAAACCCCUUCUACAAAACGUAAAUACGGACGAAUCAAUGACAGAAGAAUAUAAUGAGCUGCAGCAUAUUAUAAAGUUGCAAGCAAUUACAAUAAAGAAUCUAAAUGAAUUGAUAAAGUCUAAGGACAAAUUGAGUGAAUCGUGUGAAAGUCAAAAUCAAUAUCAAAAGAAACUUAUUGACCAAUAUGAGAUUCAAUUAACUACUUUAAAAUCAGAAAUCUCUUCGAAAGAUCUAGAGAUUAAAGAUUUGAAAUCAGAAAAUGUAAAAACAAAAGAACUUCAAGAUGAAAUCACAGCAUCUAAACAAGCAUCUAGCUGCUUCGGCAAUUUGACGAAUAUUCAGACCUUAAGAGUACCCAUAGUUCAUACAAUGACAGUUCCAUGUGAUUCGAACUUACCUGAAGCUGGAGGUGGUUGGACUGUUAUACAGCGUCGUAAGGAUGGAAGUGUGAAUUUUAAUAGACCAUGGUCAGAGUAUAGAGAAGGCUUUGGAAAUCUUCAUGGUGAAUUCUUUCUUGGACUGGAGAAGAUUCAUUUGCUAACACAAUCCCAACCACAUGAAUUGUUUAUAUUCCUUGGAGACUUUUUUAAUGAAACCCGAUAUGCUCGAUAUAACAACUUUGUCAUUGGUAACGAAUUGGAAUUCUACGAGUUGAAAGUGCUCGGAAACUACUCAGGCACUGCUCCCGAUUCAAUGCAACCUCAUAUACAUAAAGUGUUUUCAACACCAGAUAGAUACAAUCAUACUAAUAUCCGUUGCGCUAAAGAUUAUAGUUCGGGGUGGUGGUUUUCCAAAUGCUAUCGGAGUAAUCUUAACGGAAUGUAUGUGUAUUCUGAUAAUGAUAAGGAUGUGAAUGGCAUUGAAUGGAGAUCGUGGAAGUCUCGGCCGAUGAAAUUUGCACAAAUGAUGAUUAGGCCACUCGAGUAAAAUUUUAUAAUUAUUAAAAAAAAGUUGUAUAAAAAAGUUUUCCAGCAUCUCAAAAAAUUAAAAAAAUUGUCUGUGGUUAGAUCGAUAUAUUGAUGUCUUUAAACAAUAAGUUGAUAUAUUUUGCUUAUCUCUUUAAAAUUGUAAUGAGGUUCUGUCUGUAAUCGAUAAACAUGUUCAGAGACAGCCACUAACAGGUUUCAAUGAAAGCAAAUACAAAAUGGAUAUUUUAUAUUAAAUAUACCAACUAAAUAUACAAUAUGGGCAUUUCCCCGGGUCGCGAACGUACGUUCGUACGAGAUAAAUUAAAAAAUAAAAUCCUGAAACUUUUUUUUUACUCUUCGAUAGCAUUUGUUAAGCUCUUUGGUUAGUGUAAAUUAUGGGGCUUAUCGAUUUGUAAUUUGCAUAAUAUUGGCAAAAAACAUGCUGUCGCAGUGCAAAUGUACAAAUGCAAAACUCUGCGAAUUGAGACGGAAUAUUCUAAGGCAAUAACUUUAAAUUCAAAUAGAUUCAUGUAGCUUUCUAUCAAGUCUAUUCCCAAGAAAAUAUCUCCAUUUAUUUCUUUUUAAUUUAAUUAAGUUCCGGUCGCGGGCGUACGGGUCGCGAACGUUCGAUUUCCAUAUUUAUUAAAUUUUUAUUUUUACCACACUUUUUUUGAUUAAUAAG